CAUUUGUCGGUGUAGACAACGACUCAGCAUGCGUUUAGACUAAUUGUAGUAGCUUAAAUAAACCGAGAGCAACGGAAGGAUUGUUGAUGAUGUGAUUAAAUGCACUUGUACUACGUCAGUUGAUCUUGACCAUGUCGACGAGAAAAAUUUUAGUCGCUGUGGUGCCGUGUUUCCUGUGCAUUGCGGUCUACUUGUUAUUUCCACGUUUUAUGAUUGAUCCUGUAUUGACUCCUGACCCAUUGUCACCACCUCCACACCGAAGUGAUCUUAAAGGAGAAAUUAGGAACAUUCAGAAUUUACUGUCGCAGUCUGCCUACAACGUAUCUCCCGUAAAAUGCCUCCCAAAAGGACAAUGCCAGCCCACCCGACAUAUUAUGUUUCUAAAAGUGCAUAAAUGCGGUUCAUCUACCAUGACUAAGAUAUUACAACAGGCUACCCGUAAAUAUAAAUUAAGACCUCUGCAUCCUAAAAGCAACUCAUUUUUUUACCCAUGGACAUCUAGAAAGCAUAUGAUCCGGAGGAAAAUAACCGUGAACGACGCCAACUAUAACCCAAAUAUAACGUAUGAUAUCAUUUUCAAACAUAUGGUUUUUGACUCAAAAGUAAUAGAAAGCAUGAUGCCAAAUGAUACGUUUUAUAUCGGUAUAGUUCGGGAGCCAUUUUCCCAGUUUAAAAGCGCCUUCAGUUAUUAUCACAUUGCAGAGAUAUUCAAUAUGAAAAACUCCACGAACCCUAUCGUGGAAUUUAUGGAAAAUCCAUACAAGUAUUGGACCGACGACUAUGUCACAAGUCACGUGGGCUUCUUGAGAAACGGCAUGAUGUAUGAGUACGGAUUCCCAGAUGAUAGAACGGAUCUCAGGAACAACGACAGAUUUAUUGCUGAAUACAUCGGGUUUUUGGAACAGAAAUUCGAUUUUGUAAUCGUCUUAGAAAUGUUGGAUGAAAGUUUGGUGCUACUACGCCGUUUGCUAUGCUGGGGCAUGGACGACAUCUUGUAUGCUGUAAGAAACAAACGGGAAUAUGAAUACAAAAACGUGAACGAUGAAAUGACUUUGAAGAAACAUGGGAUGUGGAGCAAAGCUGACUAUCAGUUAUAUAACCACUUCCUUACCAAGUUACGGAACACUGUUUUGUUGCAAGGGUCGGACUUUUAUCGUGAGGUGUCGCUCUUCCGUCGAGCAAUCGCGGUGCUCAGCAAAUGUAAGCUUGAGCAUUUUAAGGAUUGCAAAAGAGAACUCAGCAAUCAAGUAUCGGGCAUAUAUUCUCAUUGUUAGAGAUUCAGGAAGUGAUGGGCAACGAAGGUCUCGAAAAAUCAUGGAAAUACAUACAGUGUAUAUGAAAAUGUGCGGCGGUCUAGUUGUUAAUGACUGGGGUUACAAUGAAUGUAUAUAAUCAUCUUUCUUCAACAACACAAGAGGGCCUUCCCACAGAAAUCUCUCCCAGAAAUUCUAGAUAUUCAUUCAUCCUUAUGCCUGCAUGU